AUGCUGGACCAGGAGGAUCAGGAAAGCCUGCGCUCUUCGCAUGGCAGUGACAUCCAGUCCAUGGAGGACAACACCCAGCUUCACACGGCAGAGCUCGUGAGCAAGUCCAGUGAAAUGACCCUACUGUCCUACUCCCCACCACGGCUGUCCACACGUGGCUCCCUGUGGACUCAGGACGGUCCCGCCUGGCCCCUGCAGCGCAUCAAUCGCCGCAGGUGGUCGCCAGGGAUGAGCCCACCCGCCGACUAUGCAUUCUCGGCCCUGGGCUCUGGAGUGAAUGCAUACAUCGUCGACACCGGCAUCAGACUGUCUCACAGGGAGUUUGCGUCCUUCCCAGACGGAACUGGCGCGUCCCGUGCCCUGCCCGCCAUGUCUGUGUUUGGUGACGACGACGCGAAUGACUGCAACGGCCAUGGCACGCACAACGCAGCGCUCCUGGGUGGGCUGACCUUUGGGGUCGCCAAAAACACCACCCUGUGGUCGGUGCGUGCCGUCGACUGCGAUGGCACCACCAGCGUGGUCGCCCUCCUGCAGGCCAGUGGAGGUCUGGAUUGGGUGGCACGGAAUGCGCAGCGUCCGGCAGUGGUCAACCUCUCUCUGCGCUCCACCACCGGCUCCUCCGCCCUCGCCGACGCCGCUACCCGGCUGGUGACCGAAUUUCAGCUGCCUGUUGUCGUGGCGGCCGGCAACGAGGGCUCUCAGGCAUGUGGAAGCUCACCUGGGAACGCGACCGGCGUCCUGACAGUUGGGGCCUCCACCAUGCAGAAUGCUGCCUGGAACCUCACUAACUGGUAG